GGGUUCAUGAUCUUGAAGGAUGACAAUAUUUGAUUAUAGAAUGAUUGUGGUGGAGAUCAAACACUAGAGAAUAUGAUAAGUCACGCUUUUUGUGCAUAUAAGGGAGCUGGAAGGUCUUGUUAUUUUCUGAGUUGGAUUUCUCCAUUACUUUCUAAUGGCCUCGUAUUGAUUUGGUUGACCAGGAAGGUCUUGCUGCUGUUUUUGGAAACGGAUUAUCAACGGCAUGUGUUGUAAAUAUUGGUGCGCAAGUGACAUCACUGAUAUGCAUAGAGGAUGGAGGUGCACUGCCAACCACUGUAAAAACUUUGCCUUUUGGUGGCGAGGAUAUAUCAAGGUGCCUUCUCUGGACCCAAAGGCACCACCAGACAUGGCCUCAAAUUCGUACAGAUAUUUUGACAAAGCCUAUAGAUCUGUUAAUGUUAAAUCAACUUAAAGAGACAUAUUGUGAGAUCAAAGAGGGAGAACAUGAAGCUGUUGCUGUAGUUCAUUCUUACGAGGACAGAGCACCAGCUGGAUCUCACAAGACAAGACUUACUGCUCUAAAUGUUCCUCCGAUGGGUUUGUUCUAUCCUACGCUUCUUGUUCCUGAUGUCUAUCCUCCUCCACCUCGUACUUGGUUUAAUGACUAUGAGGAUAUGCUAGAAGAACCAUGGCAUAUGGAAUAUACUCGUCCUGAUACAUUUUAUCCCAAUGUUGGUGGAGGAAUACCAAUGUGGGAAAGCUAUCCAAUUUUCGCAAGUAAGCCAAAAAGAGAAGAAAAAGUAGGCCUUGCGGAGGCUAUUUCUAACUGCAUUCUCUCAACUGGUCGCAUAGACAUCCAGAGAAAACUAUUCUGUAGCAUACAAUUGACUGGUGGAGUGGCUUUGACAAAUGGUUUAGUUUCCGCAUUAGAAGAAAGGUUUGUCUUAAUUUUGUUUGAUCUUGUAGCGUAUUUAAAUGCUUUGUUACCAAAUGAUUGGCUGCAAUACUGAAAUUUGGGAUGAUAAUUACUGUUUCUUCAUAAUUUUGCUUUCUAAAUACGCUAACAACACAUGGAAACCCAUUAUAACUUAUAAGCACGUUAUCAUAUUAACAAUGUUGGCC